CGAUUGUCAACAUGUUGACGAAUUCCGUCGAAGGUUUCAGAGGGUUGUCUGUGCAGUCAUUGAAAAGCCGCCAUGAAGACACAUUCAUCGUCUUAUCGUCCGUCAAGGAGUGUAUGGAUCAAGGAAAUUCUCAUAAACUCAAGGAUAUCAUCUGUGAUGAAGAAUUUAAGGGUUUGGUGGAGUACAUAGCAUGGGAUCUUCUACCUCUUGUUUGUCCUCAUCUAUCUGAGAAAGAACAGAAUGAUGAGAUGUAUAGAAACUGCAUUGAGAUAAUCACCCGUCUUGCAGAGCUUGGUAGUCCCAAAGAGAUGUUCAUUGGAUUGUUGGAACAGGUGAAUCGAUUCCUAGACACUGUUGUUGAUUUCUUGAGACCAUUGCAGACAGUAAUGAGACGUCUGGGCCUGUCCAAACCUCUGUACUACAAACAGUUACUAUCCACCCUGUAUACCCAUAUGGAGGUCCUGAAGGUACCCAGCGUCAAUGGAAUGGGUGUAAUGGAGAGGAGACUACUAAGCCAAGAUCCAGACUUCUCAAAGGUUGAGACAACCUUGGUGGGGCUGUUGGAGUUCCUUAUGCCAAUAGUUUGGGAUGUUCAGCAGGUGUUUGACAAGAAGGAAAUUGAAAGGUACACUUUAAAGGAAAUUACUGAAAUUGAAGGCACAAGAACAGAGAUAAUGAAAUUUGUGUUGAAUCUUCUCGAGCAUCCUCUCGUUGAGAUGGAGUUCAAGUACAGUGAUGAUGCAGAUGAAGAUGAGAAAGAGGAAAUGAAUGAAUUGGAAGGAAUGGAUGAAGAAGCUCGAGAAAGACUUGCGCUCAGAAAUGAGGAGCACUCAAUAAGCAAGACCUCUGCUGAACAGUGUAUGUUCUUUUUAGAUUCCAUGGGAUGCAGUUUCAUGAGCCUGCUUCUAUACGCCAACCAACAUGCUCUGAAUCUAGACACAUUAGAAGAGCAGCAUCUAAGAAAAGCAAAGAAGAAAAAGCAAGAUGAUCAGGAUGAUGGGGAGGAGGAGGAGGAUGAAGUUAAGACCCUCCCUGUUCUUGGUCUUGGCUGCUUUGCUUAUAUGCUCCUAGUAGAGGGAUAUGAGACAAACCGUAUGCCAAGUAUAUACAGUGCAGUCUAUAUGCUGGAGAUGAUAAUGCCAUAUGUUGAGGGAAUGCUGAGACGACCGGAGGAAUCUAUUAUCUUUAAGGGCCUUGAGCUUCUUUCGUCGCUGGUGAAGAGUCUAGAUGAUCAAUCACUGGAUUCCAGCCUCAUUGACACAAGGCAGAACUUGCUACUUGUCCCACAGUGUUUAGUACAAAUCAUGGUCAUGUGCCCUUCAAAGUCAAUUAGAAGAAAAGCUGUCUCCAUCCUGCCUUCCUACAUAGAUUGUUUUAAUUGGAAAGGUCGUUACCACAUACUACGAUCCCUCCUACUAAGCUCCGAACAUUCAGGUGUACGAGGAAUGCUCAUCGGGAAAAUCAAAGAUUAUGUCCACUGCUCAUUGCAGAGUGAAUCGAGCAAUGAAUGGUUUGGUGGAUGCCACAUUCAUAAAUUGUUCACAAUCAUCUUCAAGUUGGACGAAGGAAUCCAGUCGGAUUUACUGCAUGAAGCAGACAAGCAUAUGGGUGCCUUGAAUUUCCUUCGCUACUUGUUUCUACGAGACACACCAGAUAAGAAUGCAACUGGAAUCUGGUCCCGGGUAGACUGGCUACAGACCACCUACCUCCAACCUCUUCAUACAUGCCUAGAUAUGUCCAAGGCUCAUUAUGAUCUUAAGAUGAAAGCAACUCAGGCAGAAGUACGACAAGCUGUAUCAGAGAAAAAACAGAUGACGGUGAAACUAAAUGUUGGAGGUCAGGAUCUACCUCAGAUGCCCCCUGCAGAGCAAUACAAGGUCCUCCAGUCUGCCAAGUACACAUUUGACCUCCUUGCCAGCAUUCUGGGUAGAAUUGGCGAGAUCAUAUCAUCUGGCAAAAGGUGACCUAUAGAGGGCGCUACCUGUACAGGUUCAUCAACAGGUGAUAUGGACAUUUCAAAAUCUGUUGCCAUGGAUACGUGAUGUCAUAUUUAAAAUUUUCUCUGGGGGGAAACUUGUUACUAACUAAACUUAUUUGUGCAACUGUUUUCAAAUCAAUUAUUACAAAAGGACAUGGUUUGCGGAAUUCAGCCAUCACAUGCGUAACUAAAAUAUUUUACAAUGCAAUUCAAAGCAUCGCAGAAAAUCAUUGUAUAAUCCGUUAUGUUCAGUUUAAACUUAAAGGUAACUUAAAGAUGUCUAGUGAAUAACACAGUUAUAUUCAGUGGUAAUUAGGGCAGCUCAAACUGGAUUGGACUUGCUACAGGCAAGUCCUUGAAGAUCUAUCGUUUUAUCACAUUAUAUCUUUUUAAAACACAUUCGAACCAAGCUUCAAACCUCAUAAGAGAAACAAAUUAUUUCGAGAAUAAACAAAAAAGCGUCAGAAAAUGGGAAACAAAAUAAGAUUGUUUUGUUGGGUUGACAAUAUCACCACAAAGUUAUUUCUAUUGUCAUGUCACACUUUGCUCAGCAAUUAGGAUUGGUACACAGGUUAAGAUGAAUCUAAGCUUUUGAAUCAGGAUCGCUUUUUUUCCCAAGUCGAAUAGAGUGUGCUGAUCGUAUUGGACAGUGAACAGUUUAAAACUAUAAGUACUUCUCUUCUUAAUUUUGAAUAAAAUACAUUCACCUUUAAUAUCAGUACCAUGUUUCCUUUACUAAUCAUGUUCUCUUUGUUCAAACCAUUAUGUCUCCUUCAAGUUUAAUAAUUGUUUGUAAAUUUAAGACUUCAUAUAAGUUCUUACAUUUAAAUGGAAGAGUGCUUGCUGGCUCACCGAACUUGUUUCGGUAAACAUCGGAGAUUUGAUCAGAGUACCUCUAUGACUUAUGUUAAAUCUAAGGACCGACCCCGAUAUUUCCAUUGA